AUGGUAGACCAUGGACACAGACAGACCAGUGCUGGACCGAGUGAGAAUGCCUCUGGAACAAAAAACUGUUUGACCGUGGAGGAGGAGAACUUCAGUGGUUCGGCCCUUGUGGGGGAAGAGUCUACUGAGCAGAAGGAGGCCUGGUCUGAAGCACUCAUCAAAACGGAGAGACUGGAAGAGGAGUGGGGGGGUGAAGGCGAGAAAGCUGAUGAGCCCACCGCAGUGGAAUGGGGCUCCAGCCUGAAUCAGGACACAUCUACAGAAGCUCAGUCCACCUCUGCAGAAGACUCCAAGCAGCUUGGUCAAGUAGAAACCAUCGUAAUUCACGGGGACGGCGAUAACGAUGAUGGCUCCGAUUUCUCUCACCCUGCAGAGGCUCUGACGGUUCGAGGAGAGUGCGAAACAUUUCCGGACAGUCCCCUCUCAGAUUCUGUACCCUUAAGCACCGAGACUGGUCUCUCAGGUUCUGUUCCUUUCAGAGAGGAGGCUGGCUUCCAGCUGAUAUGCCCUGAAGAGGGUGAAUCAGGGACAGUAACCCCACAUCAGGGGCUAUGUAGAGAUAACCAUGGGAAUGCAACAACACAAGGUGAAUACGGUGUUAACACAGGUACCAUGCAGGAUGUUCUUCAGCUUGUGAAGCCUUGCUCUGUGAGAGUGGAGUGUUUGAUGCUGCAGGAUAGCCAUCAAUGCCAGGCAUCCUCAGGAAAGAGCCCCCACCCAGCUCUGAGUGAGACCAGAUCUGAGAUGCUUCGCGUGAAAGAGAGACCGCUCAGUUGUACGUAUUGUGGGAAAAGGUUCAUCCGGAAUGUUUCACUGAAAAUGCACCUGCAAGGUCACACAGGUGACAAAUUGCUCAGCUGCACGCAGAGUAGGAGGAAAUUCUCUAGUCGGCACAACCUCACAGCUCACCAAAGCAGACAGAACAGAGAAAAGCGUUUUAGCUGUGAAACAUGUGGAAAGGCAUUUUUCCUAAAACAUCACCUGAGUUCACAUCAAAGGGUUCACACUGGAGAAAGGCCAUACAGGUGUGCACACUGUGGGAAUUGUUACAAACAAUUGAAUAAUCUCAUCCAUCACCAGAGGUCUCACACUGGGGAAAGACCGUAUGGUUGUAUGGAGUGUGGGAAGUGUUUUGGUCGGCUUGAUAAUCUUAAAGUUCAUCAGAAAAUACAUACCCGAGAAGCUUAA